AUGGAUGGACUUCCAGUGACAAUCCGCCUUUUGGAUCCUCCAGUCCAUGAAUUUUUACUCGAAGGUGAUCUGCAACAAAUUCUGGGGAGAGGAUUGAUGGUGAGAAUUGAGCUUGUGACUAAUCAGAAAGAGAAGACGCCAACAAAGGGCGAAACUGCGAUUUUGUUUGAAAAACUACGAGAGCUCAGGUUUCUGGUUGGAAAAGGUGGAUUGCAUGGGAAUGUUUUCAGGAUAAAACCAACUAUGUGCUUCAAUAAAGAUGAUGCAGCACUUUUGGCUAAACUAUGUGAAGGAACACCAGGAGUGAAUGCAAACAAUGGAAUUAUAAGUGGUGUUCUUGUAACUGUGGGAGAUCUUGCUAGAGUGGGUGGUUUUCCUAUGAGAGAAUAUAUCCCUAAACUUAUACCAAGAGUUGUUGGAGCUUUAUUGGAUGAAGCUGCUGCUACUAAACGUAAGGUUGUUGUUGCAACUCUUGGUCAACUUGUACAGAGCACAGGUUAUGUGAUAGCUCCAUGUAAUGAGUACCCACAAUUGUCGAGCUUACUUUUAAAAUUGUUGAAUGGUGAGCUGGUUCUUGGAUUAAUGAGUGCUUUGGAUCCUCAUGUUCAUAAGUGCAAUCAACAAAUCUUACAAGGACCUCUUGAUGAUGGGACACGUGCAACCAAUGAUGUGGGGUCACAUAUCCACUCUAGUGAUGAGUUGCCAAUGGAUCUUUGGCCAUCAUUUGCAACAUCAGAAGAUUAUUUCUCCACUGUUCUCAUGCAAUACAACUUGCCCCUAUUUUCUUCACCUUCUCACUUGGAACAAAAACUCACUACUAUGGUAGAACACUGCUUCAUGGAGGUGCAAAUUGUUAGUGGGGACUGCAUUGUUGUUGCUGAUGAGUCAUUACCAUUUGGUAGUCCAGCUACUGAAAGAAGACUGAAUCUCUCAAGUAUCAGAUGUCCCAAAUUGGGAAACCCAAGAAGAGAGGAAAAACCUGCUCCUUAUGCCCGUGAAGCAAGGGAAUUUCUAAGAACAAGAUUAAUGGGUCGUCGGAUUUUGAUUUUUAGAAACCCUAAUUCCUUCACUAGUGCUGACACAGCAUAUGUUCUUGCAUAUUUUGUGAUUAUGCUCAAUACGGAUGCCCAUAACAACAUCGUCAAAGAUAAGAUGAGUAAAGGUGAUUUUAUUCAAAACAACCGUUGGAUUGAUGAUGGCAUGAAAGUGGUAAAGUUGAUGGAAGAAAGGAAUAUGAAGCCACUUGAUUCAAAUCUUGCAUCAUUAUCAGCAAGAUGCAGUGAAGACAUGGAGUUGAAUUUGGCUAAAUCAUUAUUGAGUGAGAUGGGCCAAUGUACAACUGCUUAUCCAUAUAAUCAGCUGCUUGGAGCAUUAGUCUUAAAGAAUUAUGAAAGGCAAGAUGCAACUUUACUUAGUUGGAAUUUGAUGUCCAUAGUAGAUUAG